GUUGAAUGCUCGGAUGACUAUAAAGUUCUGAAAUUGUGUUUGCUGCAUUUCGUUUACGAAAAGAUCUCGUUUAGCAGUAGUCAGAGCUCAAGUCAACUGAGUCAGAUUUAUGUCUUCAGGAGAUGAGGUGCAUUAGCGUCCUUUUAUUGAUCAACACUGGCUUUGCCGCUGUACAUAAUCCUGACGAAAAUUUUGGCUUGAGGAACUCCAGUCUUUUUGAAGGAGACAUGCUACUUCCGGAGGAGCAGCGGGAAAGAGCAGAAGAAGGAUUAGAUAUUGAUGGGACUCGCCACAAAAGAGCCUCGUCGAGAUCCAAAUUAUGGCCUAAGGGAGUCGUCAUCUAUCAGAUCUCUCCAAGCCUCAGUCGCUAUUCCCGAGCGAUGUCUGCCAUCAGAGCUGGGAUGGCCGACUGGACCUCAAAAACCUGUAUUCAGUUUAAGAGAAGAACAAGCCCUAGUCAGAAAGCUUACGUUUUCUUCAGAUAUGGCAGAGGAUGUGCAUCAUAUGUGGGAAGAAUUGGUAGGCGCCAAGAUAUUUUUCUCGCACCAGGAUGCUGGCACAAGGGCAUCUGUUCUCAUGAAAUAGGUCACGCUAUCGGAUUUUACCAUGAGCAGUCCCGUCCUGACAGAGAUAAGUUCAUCAGGAUUAAUCGUGCUAAUAUAGUUUCAGGGAUGGAAUCUAAUUUUUAUAAAUACAGCAGAGGGAGAAUCGAUUCACUCGGCACACCAUACGACUAUGGAAGUCUAAUGCAUUAUAGGAGUACAGCUUUCAGUAGGAAUGGAAAACCUACAAUAGUUGCUAAAAAAUCAGGGGUUACUAUUGGCCAACGAAAAGGAUUAAGUUCCAUUGAUGCAAAACAGGCGAACCUUUUGUACAAAGCAGAGUGUGCAAGGAGGCCCAAGCCCACACCGAAGCCCACGCCCAAGCCCACUUCAAAGUCAACGCCUAAGGCUACACCCAAACCUACGCCAAAGACCACACCCAAGCCCACACUCUACGCCACAUCAAAGCCCACGACCAAGCCCACGCCCAAGGCCACGCCCAAGGCUACGCCCAAGGCCACGCCCAAGGUCACGCCCAACGUUACAUCCAAGCCUACCCCGAAGACCACACUCAAGCCCACACCCAAGGCCAAACCUAAGCCCAAAGCAACUUGCAAAGACAGGUCACGCAAAUGUCGUCGUCGGUCUUGGAUACGCCGCUGCAGAAGGAGGAGAAGAAUAAAAAACAAAUGCAAGAAAAGCUGCAAAGUCUGUUGAGCAAGGAGAAGAAGAAAUAGUUCAUAAAACCCUAAGGCACAAGCGAGAUAAGAACCAUAUUUAGCGGUUGACUUUAAGGGUUAAUUGCACGAUAAGAAGUUUAAUUAAGUCCUAAAAUAAACUCUGUAAUGAAGAAAAAAUACCGAAAUAGUUAACGUAGCUUUAAGGAAAGCUUGGUUCGCACCUGCAACACAAUCGUAUCAAGACGACACCAAGAAAAAAAUUACUUCUUUGUAAUUGUUGCAAUGUUUAUCAUGUCAUAUUCCUACUGUGCUGUUAGGUCUUCAUCUCCACAUAAACAGCGUGAUGAUAUAUCGAUCUUUUAGGACGUUCUGCUUCAUGAAACCAAAUUAAUGUGAAUUCUGCUUGCGUCGCUAAGUCCGAGAAUGUUAUUAUGUUGCCACAAUGUAAUCAUACUUCAGACUUAUUCUUGAGCGAACGAAGGAAUGAAUGCGUUCCGUAAAUGUAAAAACCUUAAAAGUAAGCCUACGUGU